UUGAGGGGCAGGGGCGGGCGUCUCUUGCUCUUCGCCUGCAGGGGCAGCGGGUCGGAUCUUCCCCUCGGUCCGUUCCCCGAGGUCAGGCUCAGCGGGUCGAAUCUUCCCCUCGGUCCGUUCGCCCCAUGCCAGCCCCGGGCUGUGUCACUAGAGCCACACGGCCGCUCUGAAGGAAGCGAGCCCCGCCCGCCAUGGCGCCGCCGCCCGCCCCCGGCCGCCCCUUCCGCCCGCAGCCCCGCCUCGGCCCGGGACCCGCGCUCAAUUCCCUUCUGCCACCUCGGCUUCCUGUGAGGACAGCUGGAAACACUCAUGUCUUUAACAGCUGCAGGAAGAUUCUGUGAAGGUUGUGUGUUAAAGCCCUGAGAGAAGAGACUUUGCAAAUGGAAAGAGUGGUGCCCAGUUUUCACUGAUUUCUGCUGGAUUUAGGUUAGGAUUUGACUAUGGCAGUGUGGUUCCUGCGGAAGGCAUCUGUGUGGUUAAAGAAGCACAAGAUCACUGUGUUGGCCGUUUCUUGCAUGGGACUGCUGGGCACUAACCUUUCCUAUCAUGUGUUUCCUGAGCAGACAUUCAAACUCUUGCACGAGUGCUGGUCAGAGGGGCAGCCAGCUGAGCUUUCAGAGAAGCUCUGUGGUGUGUUUCAGGAUGUCCUUGAAGAUACUGGUGUGAAGUCCACUGGCUCCUACAGAGCCUUUGCAGCUUCUGGCUUCCACCCUGUGAGCGCUGGAAUUCCCUGGCUGCCCGAAGGCUGUUUGGUGGGCAUCCCACCUAACUUUGAUAGCACAGCUGAGGAUAAAAAAGGAAUAGUCAACCAUGUUGUUGUAAUAAAUGGCAAGGAAGUGGACUGGGAGAGCAGUGAAGGCGUGGCUUUGCAGGAAGCUCUCACAUUUUCCCUUAAAGCUCAGAAGUUUGCCAUUGCCAGAGAAAUUGCGUACUUGCGGAAUGGCAGCCCUUUAGCAAGUGCAGUUGUGGCUCCGACUUGCUUGGCUGGGACGUUUGUCUGUGGGAGAGCUCUAAAGCUGCUGCUGGGGUUAUCCACGGGCCCUGUGAUCCUCCGCGGCCUCUGUAACCUUGUCACUGCCAUGGGAGGACUGCUCUGCUACUAUGUCUCUUCUGAUGCCAUCACCUAUCACCUGGACUGCAGGGCUGACUCGAAGGCAGCCAGGCUUUCCAAGGACUAUGCCAGUGGUGGCCUUGAAUUUUAUGAUAAAAUCUUGUCCCGCAACAGGAUUUUUCGUGGUCUGAUGGGCAAACAAGGGAUGAAAAUGUAUGCCCCGAGUGGUAACCUUUUACCAAGGCACUGGUUCAGAAUAAAGUAUACCCCGUACACUUACCGGAGAACUUUGAUUCUUAAUAUUUUAAGAGAGCUCCAGGCAUCUGAUAGGAGUGCUUGAAUUUUAAACUUGUGAAUUAUGUAUCUUGGAACACCACUGUGCUGCUUUUUUCCUUUUUUUUUUUUUUUCUUCUGUAUCUUCAAUAGAAUUUUGGGGUUUAUUUUUGCAUAUAGUUCAGGAAGAGUUAUUGUACAUUUCUUGAAUAAAGAAUUCUCUCUUAAAAUAUUAAA